GGAUGCGCCGGGGGCCAGCGGGGCCUGCCGUGCUGGGGGGACCCUCGGCCUCGGCCAGCCGGUCUGCGAGCUGCCCGCCGCCAAGGACCUGGAGGAGGAAGCCGCGGGCCGGAGCGACAGUGAGAUGUCGGCCAGCGUCUCAGGCGACCGCAGCCCGAGGGCCGAGGAUGAUGGUGUUGGCACGGGAGGCGCACGCGUGCCCGCGCUGUGCGGAGGCAGCGGCGGCGGAGGGCCGGCGGGCGGCGCGGAAGAGGAGGAGGAGCCCGCGGCGCCCAAGCCGCGCAAGAAACGUUCGCGCGCCGCCUUCUCCCACGCGCAGGUCUUCGAAUUAGAGCGGCGCUUCAACCACCAGCGCUACCUGUCCGGGCCGGAGCGCGCAGACCUGGCCGCGUCGCUGAAGCUCACCGAGACGCAGGUGAAGAUCUGGUUCCAGAACCGUCGCUACAAGACCAAGCGCCGGCAGAUGGCCGCCGACCUGCUGGCCUCGGCGCCCGCUGCCAAGAAGGUGGCGGUAAAAGUGCUGGUGCGCGACGACCAGAGACAGUACCUGCCCGGAGAGGUGCUGCGGCCACCCUCGCUGCUGCCUCUGCAGCCCUCCUACUAUUACCCUUACUACUGCCUCCCCGGCUGGGCACUCUCCACUUGCGCAGCUGCUGCGGGCACCCAGUGAGCCGGCCUAGGGUGAGGCAACGGAAGAUCCCCGCGCCCCAGCUCCGGACGGGCGCUGAUGGCUGCGCAGGUUGUGCCCUGCACAACGGCGCCCCGCCACCGAAGAGGCAAGUGGAAGAUGAAAUCCAGCCCUGUCUCUGCUCUCCAGGACGUUUGCCCUGGCUGUGGGACUGGGUCUACCCAGAGGGGGGCGCCUUUUUCUGGUUUGAACAGAGGCAUCCGGUGACCUAGAGGCCCUGUUUCCCUCUCACCUGCCUGGAAGCCCUUGGACAUUAUUUAUUACCACCACAAUGUUGAAUUUGGAUUGUGUCUGCCUGGGGAGGCUUUUCCCCAGAGCGGAGAGAACUCCUGGAGACCACAUAGCCUGAAUCCCAGAAUUUCAGGCCUGCUGGGAGCUUCGUGCGCUAGGCCACACUAGUUCAUGGUAUCCAUGCUACCAAUCUAUGUGUAUCUACAUAUCUAUUAUUUUUGGAAAUUGCAUUUGUUACAAAGGGGUGCAGAACCCUGGCAGCCCCAGGGAGCCCCAGGCUAGGGGUUCAUUGAAACGUGAAGGGUUUGGUUUACGGGCCCUCCGCCCCACCCCUCCCUGGUGUCACAGCUCGGGUGGGGGCGCCCGAUUGGGUGCUGAAUGUAUAGAACGGAGCCUCUGAGCACAGGGCAGGGCAACUGCCCCGCAUCUUCCCUCUCCGAGGUCCAGGGCUGCGACCAACGCGGGGAGCUCCUGGGAGCCCCUGAACCAGAAGAAAGCAAACCCAGGAGCCCUUCUCAGACUUUCCUUUCUUUCUUUUAUUUUUGUAAAGGCGGUUAAAACUUGUAGCACUUUUCAGUUGUUUGUAUUCAAAUGACGGUUAUUUUUGUAUUCAAUGUGAAUAUCCUUGACCAGCCUUUCCUUGGCGUCCUCCGCAAUUCGGCCGCUGGACGCUCUGUCUCUACUGUCCACCCUCCGUGACUCUUGCGUCCUGACCCAGGAUUCUCCUAUCCCUGUCCCUGCCCCUAAGACAGGUGAUCUUGUCAACCUCAUGUCAACCUCGCCGCUUUUCGCCUCCUUAAGGGCACUGUGCACUCAACUAGAGUAUUAACUUUUAAAAGAUUUGUGAAAUUUGGAAGCUCUAUUCGUUGUAUUUUUUUCCCUUUAAUUUAUAAACUUUUAGAUUAACAUGCCCUUCUGGACGCCGUGUUUUCUCUGAGCCUUUCCCUCUCCGGCUUUGGGGGAACCGGUAACGUGGAAAUACCUGGGGCUCAUUUUGCCAACCUCUUUUCAGUCCUGGACCAGAUGCCCAGCCCCUUCCGGAAGCCGCCCUUGAUGCGCAAUUCCGGGAAGAGUUUAGACCCACGCAGCUCAGGGAAUCGCUAUUUCCAGGACUUUGCAGGAGUCACGUAGGAAUCCCACUGAAUCCAGAGCAAUACCUAGGAGUCCCUUUUUUCUCGUGGGCAUUGGUUUCAGAGUCUAGAAAGGGUUCAUAGCAACUCGCUGCCAAUUUCCAUCUCCCACCCUAACCUGUUCACUCCUCCACCUGCCCGCAUCCUCUUUGCUUUCGAUUUACUGAGCAUUUUCUCUAAGCCGUCUGGUCAUUAUUUCGAGAAUAGGCUAGCAAAAACUCUCGCUGGAAUCCCGAAGCGGUUAGAGGAGAACGUGGAGCUAAUGUGUCUCCCGGGAAGGGUCACCUGCGCUUUGACCCCUGCUGGGUGCAAAUGGCGCUCUACCCUGUUCCAAAGCGCUUCCAUUCACUCCCUCAAUGACACGCCGUCAUUUGAUCCGCACAGAAGCUCACCGUGGGAGCAAAGAAUGGGCAGGGCGAUGAUUAUUUAUUACUUCAUUUUAGAGAUGAACGCGUCCCGCUGGCGUUCCCCAGAAUGAUUCUCCAGAUUUCGAGGAUUCACCUGAACGAAGCACUCACUGUUACACGCCUCUCACGUCGGGCCUGGGGCUAGUCAGCAAGAGUUAAGGACAUAUUGCAGGCGCUAAGGCCUCCAGUCCCGGCGAGUCGGGAAAACACUGAAACCCAGGCCAGGGCUACUUUCAAUUUCUCCCGAGCCCAUAAGCCACUACGCCCGCCUCCCUGUCCCGCUGCCCGCCCGCGAGCUUUCCCAACCUCGGGCCCCCGGCCUUGGCACCCCAAAGGCCUUGACCGGGCUUCUGCAACCCCCCUAGCCCGGCUGGGGUCAGAUAACCGAGACAAAUGCUUCACAAAAUGAUUCUCACUUUUGGAAACAGUGAGACGACAAGGGAAAAACAAAUGCUCUCAAGAUAGGCACACUCUCGCCCCCAAGUCCAACUACCUUCCAAAGGAUUGCUGCAAUCAUUUUGUUUCUUUUUGACAUAUUUAAAAAUUUCAUCUCAAUUUCA